UCUUUCAUAGUUUUAUUAUUUUCUAUCGCUUUCUCGAUUACGAUUGAACCCUAGCGAAGACAUAGAAGGGGGGAAGGGGAUAAUUUUCUCGGAAACCAAACAACCAGAUUAAUUUUCCCUAGAAUAUUGCCUUGAAAAGUAAAAGAAAAAAUGCAGCACCAGAGGUUGAAGCAACAACAACAAGCCUUGAUGCAACAAGCUCUCCUCCAGCAACAGUCUCUAUAUCACUCAGGCAUCUUAGCUCCUCCACAGAUAGAGCCAAUCCCAAGUGGAAAUCUGCCACCUGGUUUUGAUCCAAGUACUUGCUGCAGUGUGUAUGUGGGAAACAUACAUACACAAGUGACUGAACCACUACUCCAAGAGGUUUUUGCUAGUACUGGUCCUGUUGAAAGUUGCAAACUUGUCAGAAAGGAAAAGUCAUCAUACGGAUUUAUCCACUACUUCGAUCGCAGAUCAGCUGCCCUUGCUAUAUUAUCUCUUAAUGGAAGGCAUUCAUUUGGACAGCCUAUCAAGGUCAAUUGGGCAUAUGCUAGUGGUCAGAGAGAGGAUACAUCAGGUCACUUUAACAUUUUUGUUGGGGAUCUCAGUCCUGAGGUUACCGAUGCGAUGUUGUUCGCCUGCUUUUCUGUCUAUCCCAAUUUGCGUGGCUGUCCCCCCCUCCCUGAUGGCCGUGGUGGGAUAUUUAUACCCACCCCACCGGGGGUCUGCUCCGAUGAUAACGGUAACGUGCUCGUGGUUAGUUGGCCGGGGAUUUCGGGAUGGGUCAGUCCCGAUCUCCUCGGCCGGAAAUCUCGGUGGCCGGUGUGA